AUGCCCCUUCGCUUGCCCUCCAUGGUGACCGGAAGGGAUGUGUCCGUGAACGCCCAUCGGGAGGACGAACACGUGCAGGAUAUCCCAUUGCUAUUAUCCGGAUAUCCGUUCCUUCGCAUUAUGGCUAAACUUGUUGCAGGUGCUGGGGAGGCGUGCCACAACAGCAUCGCGACUCCAGAAGGAGAGUACCUCAGCGGCGUAUGUGUGCCUCCGUUCAUCUGCUCACGGAAUUCAGACGGACAUUCCUUAGAAAAUGGCAUCUUCCUUAGUAUCUUAUAAAUCGUUUCAAAGUAAUAAAAUGUCAGUUCGCUAUGGAAUAUUU